GGAGAGGGUGUGGCCGCAGUGACUGACAGGAUGAUAAGGAAUGGACUUAUGGUAAGAUUAUCCAAGGAAAAGCAGUACGAGUACUUAUUGAAGACCUACGACCUCUACUGCCCAACGUCAGACGACGUCAUGCAGUUCCUGUUGAAUUACAGGUUUUAUGUACCUUGAACUAUAUAGCUUUUGGUUCAUACCAAAAGCGAGUUGGUCAAUACUAUUUGUCAUGCUUGGCUCAGUCAACAGUUUGCAAAGCUAUACGCAAUGUUGUCAAUGCAUUGAAUGAUUUAAUGCCUGACUGGAUUCAAUUUCCAAUUGGAGAUGCUGAAAUUCAAAAUGUUAAAGAAAGUUUCUGGACACACACGCAAUUUCCUGGCAUUAUUGGCGCAAUAGAUGGAACUCAUGUAGCAAUUGUUCCACCAAAUGCUGAGAGAGAGCAUCUCUACAUUAACCGGAAAUUAUAUCAUUCGCUGAAUGUUCUUAUUGUAUCGGAUUACGGGGGUAGAAUGUUGACUGUGAAUGCUGCCCAUGGUGGAAGAACGCACGAUGCCAGAGUUUGGAGAGCAUCUCUUGUAUCAAACCACCUGCAAGAGAUGUAUACUGCAGAACGAAGAGAUGCUUGGCUCUCUUGGGUGAUAGUGCCUACCCAUUAUUACUCUAUUUGA